AUAUAGAAACACUCCCCUUUAAAUGGGCCUCAAUUUGCAACAAAAUUCUUGACUAUAUCUAUCUAUUAGUCUAUAUAGAGAUAUAUCCAAGGAAGCCACCAGCUAAUUAAUUAAGCUAGUACAUAUGGAGACCAAGAGUAGUGUGGUGCUAGGUGAGGUAGUCCCAUGCAUGUUAAUGGUUCUAAUGGAGGUUUGCACCAUUGGAUUGACCAUCUUGGCUAGCACCGUCUUGUCGAAAGGGCUAAGUCCCUUCGUGUUUGUCGUCUACACCAACGCCUUAUCUUCCAUCUUUCUUCUUCCUUUCAACACCUUCAUCGUUCGUAAAAACAAGAGAGGCGAGCUUAUACCCGAAUUUCUUCUUCUUGGUUUCAUAGGGGUGACAAUGGCACAAAAUCUUGCAUUUGUUGGAUUAAGUUAUAGUUCCCCGAUCGUUGCUAUUGGAAUGGGCUGCUUGAUCCCUUCUAUUUCCUUCAUUCUUGCGGUUCUUUGCAGAAGGACAAACAUUGAUUUGGGAAGCUCAAGUAGUCGAACAAAGUUGGUGGGAACGUUGAUAUCGAUCACAGGAGCUAUGUUGCUGGUUCUCUACAGGGGUCCGGUGGUUAAGGACCCUUCGAGCCAUCUUCUAUCCGCGGCUACUCCUAGACUUUUUGUAUUCUUGUCCACAAACGAACAUUGGGUACUUGGUUGCGCUCUUUUUGCAGCAGCCUCCCUGGCUUACUCCAUAUGGAACAUCAUUCAGGUGGGAACUGUUGAAAAAUGUCCAGAAGUGAUGACAGUGGCAUCUAGUUAUAGCUUAUUUGGGACAUGUCAAUCUGCUUUGGUUGCAAUAAUCAUUGAAAGAGACCCGAUUGCUUGGAGGUUGCAAUUUGACAUGGGACUCCUUGUCAUUGUCUUAACUGCGAUAUUCGGAAGUUUAAUUAAAAGCCAUGUACAUAUGUGGUGCAUACGGAGAAAAAGUCAAUUUUACGUGACAAUGUUCAAGCCUCUCGGGGUUCCGAUUGCUGGGAUAUUCGGUAGCAUCUUCUUUGCUGAGACCUUUCAUUACGGAAGCUUGAUGGCGGCAGCAGUGACCGCGAUUGGAUACUACACAAUGAUGUGGGGUCAAAUCAGAGAGGAUGAAAGUAGGAGAGGCAAAGUGGAGGCCGAUAUAUCGGCCGAGAGAACCACCCCUCUUCUGCAAGACGAACAAGUAUAAUACUCGUAGGAAACUUCAUCAGAUCAUGAUAUUUGUAUAUUAAUAUUAUUAUUAAGUAGCACGAGGCUGUGUAUUAGAAGCCGUGUGAUGAGCAAAAUGUGCAUAGUAAAAUUUUAUUCUACUGUAUAUAUGUACAUUACUAUAUAUUACUAUACUUUUUCUUUAUAAA